GCGAGAGAUAGAAAGAAAAGCGAGAGGGACACGACAGGGCCUCCCCGGCACAUGCUGUAGACAGAGACAGAGGUCCAAGGUCGUCAAUGUCGGCGGCAGCAGCAGCAGCAGCAGGCGGCAGCGCGCUACGGCCAGCCCUCGCGCUGGCGCUGGCGCUCUGGCCGUCGCCGGCGCGGGCCGGGUUCAGCUGCCGCCCCGGCGCGCGGCCGGUGGUGUUCAACUUCGGCGACUCCAACUCCGACACGGGCGGCCCGGCUGCCAAGGGGUGGCACAUCGCGCCGCCGGAGGGCCGCGCCUUCUUCCACCACCCCACCGGCCGCUUCUGCGACGGCCGGCUCGUCAUCGACUUCCUCUGUGAAAGCUUAAACAUAAGCUAUCUGAGCCCUUAUCUGAAGGCAUUGGGUUCUAAUUACAGUAACGGAGUGAAUUUUGCUAUUAGCGGUUCAACAACACUACCACGGGACGCCCUUUUUGUAUUGCAUGGACAGGUGCAGGAAUUCUUCUUCUUUAAAGCCAGAUCGUUGGAACUCAUCAAUCAAGGUCUGUUUGCCGUCCAAAUGAAGUAA